GUGCAUUGUAAGAAGCACAUAAAUUAUUAUGACACACACACACUCUUAUAUACAAAAAAUAUCAGACAAAUUAUGAAAAUAAAUAUUAAAAAUAUGCAAAAUAAAUAUAUUUCCAAACCAUCAAUACAGAGGAAUUAGCAUUUCGCUGCGAUGGUUCAAGUCACACAAAAGAAAAGCACCGACAGAUCCUCAAGUCGAUAACAUGUCAAACUUCUUCCAGAUUUCUGUCAAGGCCAAUCUCUAUUCAUGAUCAAUUUAACUUACAUCAACGAAAUUACACGUGCUUUGCUUAAUAAGACCAAUUCAACAACUGUCCAUUCUAUAAAUUAAAUUAACCCCAUAAUUUUUUCACCCAUAUCAAUCCAUAUUUUUGUGCAAUUGCAAUGAGCAUAGAUACAUAUCCACACGUCAAGAAACACGACAUGAAACAUAUGUACCACUACUUUUGUGCACUAUUAUUAUGGAGUUUCUCGUCAUUAUCUUUUUGAUAUUCUACCUGCUCAACCACCUACAGGAGAACUGUGUAUCAGGUUGUAUGAAGUCAUCCGACCCAACCAAAAAUGUGGGGUCUUACGAUGCUUUCACUCCAAGCCCGAGAAAGGAGGCGUGGUGGUUAGAGAAGCAUUUGUCCCACGUGGAACAUUCUCAGAAAAACUUUGAAAACAUCAAACUAUUAUUUCUUGGUGAUUCCAUAACCCACGAAUGGAACGAGGACGGAAACUACACAUUUCACAAGUAUUACGCCAAGUACAACGCUGCGAACUAUGGCGUCCCUGCCGAUCGAACCCAGCACUUGUUGUGGAGAAUUAGGAACGGAGAGAUUCAUAACUUGAACCCCCUCAUGGUCGUUCUUCUCAUUGGAACAAACAAUUUUGGGCACAACAAAGACAUGGAAAUUUUUAAGGGAGUGAAAGCAAUAGUGAUUGAGCUACGGCGUCGAUUACCUCACUCCAAGAUUUUGCUCCUUGGCAUCCUUCCUCGCUCCACUGACACAGCGACCAAGCGAGUCAACGCCAUAAACAAGCUGAUAAUGCAGUUGGAUGACGAUCUCAUGGUGUGGUUUUUCGAUUUGGGUCGAUAUUUUUAUAUCGAGGAUCAUUUGGUCACUGAACUGUAUCAUCAGGAUUUGUUGCAUUUGUCAUCCAAGGGCUAUGAAACUUGGGCCUUUGCAAUGGCUCCGGUGAUGAGGGAGAUGAUGGAAAUUAUUUUCGAAUCAGAGUGACAGUCCGCAUUAAGAGAAUAAUGCACAUUUCUUUGAUUGUAUUGCUACAUAAGCUAAUCCUAAGUUACAUUGACUAUUAGUGCAUAUAAUGAUGUAUGUAACAUGUAAUAUACAUGCAUAUUUAUUAGUAUUAACGAUGUAGUAUUUAAUAGUGUACGUCUAAUUGAAGGUACUUGAAUAUAUUACUGUUGUGUUCACCAAGUUGAACUAUUUAGUUGCAGUUAGCUUCGAUUAACCAGGAUAUUGUACACAUGUAUAACAUAUGUACGAUCAAUACGUGUAUCAGAUAUUUACUAAUACUUAUGUAGGUGAUAGGAAAUAAUAAUACGCUACAGUACAUAUGCACCCAUUAAACGACGGCGUCUAAAAAUAAACUUUCUCUUUAAUCUGG